UCUCUAAUUUGCAUAACAAAACAACAUAAAACAUGGUGCCCUCAACUUCAUUUACUUCUCUUCCUCAAGAAAUCAUUACCAAACUUCACUAUUCUAGAAGGUUAUUGCUUAAUUCUCCGAUUUAUAUUUCACCACCAACAAACCAAGCACCAACACCAACCUACCAAGUCCUAGACCCGGGUUCGAGCCAUGGCAAAAAUGGCUUUGAUGCUAACAUAAUCAUGAUCCUCGCGGUAUUAGUAUGCGCGUUAAUGUGCUCAUUAUGUAUUAAUACCUUCAUUAGGUGUGUGAUUAAGUGCUCAAGUAUGAUGAGUGGAGAGCCUAAUUAUUACCUAAGCAUGAUUAACAACCAUGAUGAGAAGAAGAAAAGUGUUAAUGGUUUAGACAAAAGGGCAUUGAAGACAUUUCCAGUUGUGAAGUAUUCAAAAGAUGUGCAAAUUCAAGGGUUAAGUACAGAGUGUGUGUAUAUAUGUUUGUCAGAAUUUAAGGAAGGAGAAAAAGUGAGGAUUUUGCCAAAGUGCAACCAUGGCUUCCAUGUUAAGUGUAUUGAUGAGUGGCUUAGCUCGCAUUCUACUUGCCCUACUUGUAGACAAUCUUUAAGCGAAACGUGUCAAAAGAUCAUUGGGUGUGAUGAUGAUCAUCAUACUACUACUACAUCAUCAUCAUCAUCAUCAUCAUCAUCAACAUCAUUAACAUCAUCAUCAUUAAGGGAUGUGGUUGUAGUAAGUAUUGUGCCACUUGAAAGGGAAGAUUUAGUGAGAAAUUACAGGAGUACUGAAGUUGCUCAGAGCUAGCUAGUCAAGAUUUAUAUGUUUAAAUUUGAGAGUUAAAGAAUUAGGGAGAUCUUUUAAGUGUUUAAAUUACAUUAUUUUUAGUUGUACAAAUGAUAGAUAUUAGUUCCUAGUUGUUCUGCUUGCAAGUGUAAAAACAAAGAGAGCAACUAAUUAAUACAUUUUUCUCUGAUUUUUGCCAUAUCUUUUGUCCUUAAUUAAG